GUCUUGUCUGAUUAGUAUAAAACUUAUACCAUGCGUUGCCUCCUUCUGAUGCCUUUCUGCAUGCUUGCACUUUUGGUCCUUUCCUCGGCCCAACUUUGUCCGUGUAGUAAAGAACUUGACCCGGUCUGUGGAUCGGAUUAUAAGACCUACCCCAACCUUUGCCUCCUCCAGUGCGCAGGAAAAGGAAAAGGAGUUACCUUGGCCAAACGCGGUCGUUGCUAUAAAUACGACUUCCUGUAUAAAACUAGUACCAUGCGUUGCCUUGUUCUGAUGUCUUUCUGCAUGCUUGCACUUUUGGGCCUUUCUGCGGCCCAACUUUGUCCGUGUACUUUACUACUUGCCCCGGUCUGUGGAUCGGACUCUAAGACCUACUCCAACCUUUGCCUCCUCCAGUGCGAAGGAAAAGGAAAAGGGGUUACCUUGGCCAAACGCGGACAUUGCUAGUAACAGCAAUACAAAGAUCUAACAAAUCAAUUGUAAACACACCUAAAAUGGAUACAUUUGUUAAAUGAAAAAUAAACUAAUUCAUUUUCAUA